CCUUGCCUCAUCUCAUUAUCCAUUUGGAUAACUCUUUGAUUCUAGGCUGUUAGCAAGACACAUUCAAGACAAAUAAAAAUAUCCAAUGAGUUCAAUUGGGCAAAGCAUAUUGAUGGCACUAACUGUUACACUAAACAAGUAUGCUUCAUCUAAUUUGCAAGCAGUUCCUAGAACACAGGGGAAAGCAGCACACACAUCCACACCAACCUUAAACACCAAAUUGGAAUUGGGAAGAAGAGGCAUUGUCUUAUCCACUCUAAUUGCCACCACCCAAAUACCUGACUCUAGAACUCAGCUUCUUCAAAAAUAUCAGAAGAAAUCAGAGGAAAACAAGGAGAAAAAUGACAAAGAGAGGCUGGAUAGUUAUUACAAGCGAAAUUACAAGGAUUACUUCGAACUGAUGGAAGGAACGCUGAAGAGAAGGGAUGGGACAGUUUCAGAUACAGAAAAGGGUAUCCUUGAUUGGCUUCAAAAAAACAAGUGAAAGGUUUUCUUGUUUUACUUUUCAAUGGUUGUUCAGAUGACACUGAACUUGCUUUUGUAGACUGUAGCUCUCUACCUAUGGAAUUGUACACACUUAGGAACCCUGUACAUUGUGAUUUACUGUGUCCUUGAAAUCCUCUGAGUACAACCUUUUCAGGUGAUUGAAUUAAUGAGUUUAAUUUGACAUUGGUUGGCAUCA